ACCACCAGCACCGGAACCAGUAGCUCAGUGUUCGGCGGUACUACCUUAUCACCCAUCAUGUCCAGGGUGUCAGUAGGACCUGCUGGCAAUGGGGGUUUUGUGAUCAGCAUGGCAGCCCCCCACAGGAGCUCCAUCACUGGGUCGUUCAUAUUUGGGUCAGGACGGAGUGGGAGAACUGGUCUCAAGAACCCUUUCUGGGAAGCCUUGAAUCCAAACUCCCUGGGUACAGCUGGCCAGAGCACACCCUCUCCCUUCCACGUGGCCAGCACAACUCAGAACACAUCUGGGAUUGCAGCCAUCACCUCGGCCUUUGCAGCAGUGACCCUGACAACCAGCAGUGGGACCAGUACAACAUGGUUUGGCAGCACCAUCUCAGUGCCCUUCACGUCCAGGGUAUUAGCAGGUCCCACUGGCAGUGGGGGCUUUAGGAUGCGCAUGGCUACCCCCCACAGCAGCUCCACCACUUGGACAUUCAGCUUGGUUCAGGACAGAGUGGGACAACUGGUCUCAGGAACCCUUUGUGGGGAGGGCUGAAUCCAAACUCCCUAUGUGCAGCUGGCCAGAGCACACCCUUUGCCUUCCCUGUGGCCAGCAUGCCUCAGAACACAUCUGUGUUUGUACAUCAUAUUUGGAAUGGGCUCGGUGCCGGAGUCCAGCUCCAGCUGACAUGUGGGUCAUGAAGGAAAGGACAGCAUCAACGAGUGAGAUCAGUGAGGAGAUGAAACACCCAAUUAAAGUUGUAACAUCUGACAUCAAGCAGCAGGGUCUUUAUUUUUGUAUCUUUUUACAGUUUACAUAAUUUUGAACAUUUUUUAAAAUUAUGAAUAAUACAAUCCUUUUUCUGUCAGUUUACAUAAUUUCAGCUUAUUACCCUUAAUUAAAUAUCAUUAUUUCUUCUUAUAGUAGCCAUUUAACAUUUAAUUUUUAACUUUCCCCUAGUCUAUUGUGAUUAGUAAUUCAUGUAAGCUAUGUGCUAGGUGCUAAACAGAAAAUGGCAUAAGGCAGCGUGUGGGUUAAGCGUGUGGGCUAUGAUUUUUACUUUAAGUGUGUAAGAUUAUAUAGUCUUUUAGAUAUGUGUCUAAGGCUAUAUAAAGUUUAAGCAGGUUAUAUAAAAUGCA